CUCCUCCCACCGGUGUGCGGGCGGUGCACCUCCGCAAAUCUCCGCAGGGGCUGCCGUGGAGACCGGGGCCGACGGCGUCUCAGCGAGGGCCGUGAUUGGAGCAGAGCAGCUAAUCCUCGGGAGGCGUGGGAGGCAUGCGCGGUUGGAAGGCAGCGCUGCCGCGGGUUCCCCCCUGAGAGGCUUGCGCCCGUCGCUGGGGCCCCAGACGCCUGGAGCAGAGGCGGGGAGCACGGGAAGCGGCGGCCGGAAGUGUGACCUGAUGCAGCCUCAUCCCAUCCGUCCCCAGGGUGAGCAGUAGCCUCAGGGCCAAGCCAUCUUUCCGAUGAGGCCGGCAGCACUGUGCUCCCCAGGGCACACAGCCCCGGAGGACGAGAGCCCCAUCGUGGUGAAGCUAGAAGAGGAGGAGGAGGCCACCCCAUGGGAUCCCGGCCCAGAGGCUGCGUGCUGGUGUUUCUGGCACUUCCGCUACGAGGAGGCAGCAGGGCCCGGAGAGGCCCUGGCCCUGCUCCGGAAGCUGUGCCGCCAGUGGCUGCGGCCGGAGGUGCACUCCAAGGAGCAGAUGCUGGAGCUGCUGGUGCUGGAGCAGUUCCUGAGCGCACUGCCCCCCAAGAUCCAGGCCCGAGUGCGAGGGCAGCGGCCGGGCAGCCCCGAGGAGGCCGUGGCCCUGGUGGAGGGGCUGCGUCGGGAGCCAGGAGGACCCCGGAGAUGGGUCACAGUCCAGGUGCAGGGGCAGGAGGUGCUGUCAGAGAAGGUGGAGCCCUCCGACUUCCAGCCCCUCCCGCAAACCAAGCCUCAGACUGCGGAGCCUGGGCCUGAGACAGAGGUCACCACGCAGAGGUCACCACCGAGCCCUCAGGUGAAAAAGGAGCCUGAGGACCCAGCUGAGGACAGGCAAGAGUUUCUGGAUUCUGAGGCUCCGGUCAACCCCCAGGAGGCCGCUUCCACGCUCCUGCCUGAGGCCCAGGACUGUGGGAUGUUGCUGGACCAGGCCUCUCCCCACAGCAAGACUGAGCCUGAGGGCUCCUCGUGGAGGGAACACCCUGGGGCCCCGUGGAAAGAGGAAGCUGGGGGCAUCCCCUCCCCAGCAUCGACCUUCAGCAUCUCCAAGCCUCAAAAGCCCCGCUCUCCCCUGACCGCACGCCCCUCCAUCCAGCUGCUCCCCCACCUCAGUGACGCCUCCAAGACCCGGGUCUUGUUCCCCAGCCCACACCUCCCGGCUCUGGCAUCCCGUGGCCAAACUGGAGUGUCGGCACAGGGAGGCUCAGGAAUGGCAAGGACAGGGUCUGCGCCCCAGAUGGACAACGUGUCUGCCGGCCCGGGCACUGCGAGCCAACGCCAGUCACGCUCCCGACAAGGUGGCUCCUCGCAUGCGCUCAUGCCCCCCGAAGACCCGGGAGACGAGCGGGACCGCACAGACAAGGAUCCCCAUCGGGGCACGGGCCGCAUCGUGCGAGGUGGCCGUUGCGACGUGUGUGGAAAGGUGUUCAGCCAACGCAGCAACCUGGUGCGGCACCAGAAGAUCCACACGGGAGAGCGGCCGUUUGUGUGUAGCGAGUGUGGCCGCAGCUUCAGCCGCAGCUCGCACCUGCUGCGCCACCAGGUAACGCACACGGAGGAGCGGCCGUUCGUCUGCAGCGACUGCGGCCAGGGCUUCGUGCGCAGCGCGCGCCUGGAGGAGCACCGGCGCGUGCACACGGGCGAGCAGCCCUUCCGCUGCGGCGAGUGCGGCCAGAGCUUCCGGCAGCUCUCCAACCUGCUGCAGCACCGGCGCACCCACGGCGACCCUCCCGGCCCGGGCGCCGGGCCCCCCACGGACCCCGGUGCGCCCGAGCCCCCGGGCCCCUUCCCGUGCAGUGAAUGCCGGGAGAGCUUCCCGCGGCGCGCGGCGCUGCUGGAGCACCAGGCCGUGCACAGGGGCGAGCGGCCCUUCGCCUGCCCCGAGUGCGGCCAGCGCUUCCCGCGGCGCGCCAACCUCACGCAGCACCGGCGCAUCCACACGGGCGAGCGGCCCUUCGCCUGCGCCGAGUGCGGGAAGGCCUUCCGCCAGCGGCCCACGCUCACGCAGCACCUGCGGGUCCACACGGGGGAGAAGCCCUUCGCCUGCGCCGAGUGCGGCCAGCGCUUCAGCCACAGCACCAAGCUCAGCCAGCACCAGCGGGUACACACGGGCGAGCGGCCCUUCGCCUGCCCCGAGUGCGGCCAGAGCUUCCGGCACCGCGUCAACCUCACGCAGCACCAGCGCAUCCACACCGGGGAGAAACCCUUCGCCUGCGCCGAGUGCGGCAAGGCCUUCUGCCAGCGGCCCACGCUCACGCAGCACCUGCGGGUCCACACGGGGGAGAAGCCCUUCGCCUGCCCCGAGUGCGGCCAGCGCUUCCGGCAGCGCGUCAACCUCACGCAGCACCUGCGCACCCACCGGCGCGAGAAGCGCUCCGGCCAGAGCGCCCAGCUCGCCCAGCACCAGCGCGUCCACAGCGCGCAGUAGGACGCUCACCGACUCGGCCUCUGUGCCCACGCGGGGCGGGGACGAUACACCUGCCCACGGGUUGUGAGGCCUCCGCCGCAGGGCCCGGCCUCGGUAGAUGCUCAAUAAACAGUAGAAGGAACCUGGUCUGGGUCUCCGCGCGGGUCCCUCUCCAACAACUAACUCCACACACCCACCCUUCCCGUUGCGACCUCGCGGUCCCCGAGAGUCGGGACCCCCCAAGAGGGGGCUCCUAGCAGCGCCAGCACGUCUGUGGGUGCCUCCUCUUAGGACUCCAGUGCAGUUAACACAAGACACACACACCCGCUGCCCGAGCCCGGUGCCGGGGAGGGCCUGGAAGGCUAGUUCUCCUUGACUGGCAAAGCUCAUAGGAUGCAGACGAAGCAAGCCGGUGCCCAGCAGCCCAGAUACGGCCUGGCGUGUAUCUGUCAAACUUUAAACCUGGGAAGACAUCCCUGAGGUGAAAAAGCUGGAAGGUUUUAUCUGGAAAUACACCUUCUUGCAGACUUUCCCGCAUCCUCCUAUGGGAACAGGGUGGGGGCAGGCCCCAGGCCAGUUCCCAGCCCUCCAGCGGGCAUUCCCACCCCCGGGCUGCACGUCCACCCUCAUCCUCUCCAUCGUGCCCUGCCUUCCCGCCAGGCUCUGGCCCUGGCUUCCCUCGGGGCUUUUGCAGGUGCCAAGCGCUUGCUGCCUCCCAGGGGCUCGGGCCCCUACACAGGCAAACCGGCUGUGCCCUCUGCACCUCCGGUGGCCGUAAGGGUGACAAAAGACG